UAUAAUAUUAGAGGGAAGAUAGAUUUUUUUACGCAUUUUCUGUCACUUGUUGCACCCGUGACUCUGUUCAUGUGGUGGUUUAGGACUACAGCAAGCUAACGCAGGCAACGACAGCUAACAGUUAGCAGUAGCUAACGUUAGCAAACUUCUGUACAAAUGGUGAUGUGAUCUUCCACAUGUAAAUAGCGGAGUAAUCUUUUAUUCAGGUAACUUUGACAGGGUCGUGUAUAAUGCAGGCGGCAGAGGUAACAUUUUAGCAUUGUUUCAUGUUAGCAGAUGCAGAGAGAGACCGCGGUGAAGUUAGCUUGAAGUUGGACGUUGGAUAUUCGACAGACAUUGGUUUACACGGUCAAGUCUUCAUGCCGUGCGCUGCGGCACAGACAGCGGUAACCUCCGCUCCGAGUUCCGAGGACUCGCUAACGGGAAGGGUGGUUCGCUUAGGGACCGUCAACAAAUUUGUAGUCCUUUGUAAACCAGUACAUUUUUUUUUUAACUUCCAGAAUAAUUUCCUAAAUGACUCAAAAUUACUUCUGACUUGUGUCUUGUAAAUGUAGUUUAGUAACACAACAGUUUUAACACAUUUCACACAAUCUGAUCUUUUUUAUUAGGAUACUAUUCCAAAAUUAAGGGAUUAUUUUCAAUAGAUCAUUGGUAAAUCUGUCUAAAUAGACAAAACCAUUUCUCAAUUUUGUUACUAAGCCAGAUCAAUGAGACACAGCAGUUUUUAACACCUUUAAUACGAUCUGAUCUUUUUUAUUAGGAUUUUUAUCAAAAAUUACGGGUUUUUUUCACUAGCUCCUAGGUAAAUUAGUCAAAAGACCCUAAACCAUUUGUCAAUAAUGUUACUAAGCUAGGUCAAUGCCACAGCAGUUUUUAUCACAUUUCAUACAAUUCAAUCUUUUUUCAUUAAAAUUUUUAACAAAAAUUAAGGGAUUUAUUUUUCAAUAGCUCCUAGGUGAAUUAAUCAAAUUACUAAAAAACAUUUCUCAGUGUUGUUACUAAGCUAGACCAAUAAGACACAGCUGUUGUUGUCACGUUUCACAAGAUCUGAUCAUUUUUAUUUGGAUUUUUAAUGAUAAUAGUGAUUUCUUUCAAUAGCUCCUAGGUUAAUUGAUGUUACUACUCAAAACCAUUUCUCAAUUAUGUUACUAAGCUACACCAAUGAGACACAGCCGUUUUUAUCAUAUUUCACAAGAUCUGAUCUUUUUUUAUUAGGAUUUUCAUGAAAAAUUCUGAUUUCUUUCAAUACCAGUGUUUCCCUUACAUAGGCGUAGCCGUGGCAGCCCACCACGGCUGAAAUCCCAGCACCACGCCUACGAGAUCCCAAGUUUUAUUGAUUUUUUUUUUGUGCCGUUUCCCGAAGAAGCAGCGGGAACUACUCUGUUGUUGUUUGUGAUCACAGCCGGCAGGCAGCAAGGAGGAGGAGGCAGGGCAGGGUGGUUACAGCUAGGGAUGAGCCGGAUACUCAUUUCAGACGCGUAUCCAGUACAGAUAAAGCAUUUUUGACGAAUAUGAGCAUGAAACGAGUAAAACUCGUAAAUAUCUGUAAUCGUGCUGAAGGAAAAUCCUUAUUGGGUAACGGACUGUCUUCACACUCUGCGAUUGGCCAGUCACAUAGAGCUCCCGCCCCUCCCUACACAAAACUGCAGCCGGGAGCUCAGUCCGUCCGGCCCAUCCACGCACACACACAGUAACAGAUGUCUCUGUGAUUGCUUCACUGUUGCUCACGUUUCUUCAGUACUCCCUACGUUUUCUUCAGCUCGCCUCUUUUUCGCUUGAAUAUUUAAAGUGGGCCUGGGAGGCAGGGGCGGCGUUAGGCCCGGCUACUUGGGCUGAAGCCCCGAAUGUUUUAUGAAAAGCCCCGGAUCUCAAACGUGGAAGUAACGUGCAGUACCAAAGUCCAACAGAGAGGGAGCAGCUAGCAGUAGUUUGUAUACAGCCUGCCUGAGCCUCCACCACUAAAGAAGCCCUUCAGCAGCCGAUUUCUUCUGCAGUGCCUGGUUUCUUCCACACUCUGCCUGAAACGCAUGUGUGAAGAUGGACAUAAGGACAUUUUUUAGACCAAAAGUACAGCGACAGAACCCCAGCUUUGAUGAUACUGGUCUCAGGAGUUCAGGAUCUUGGACCGGCGCUGAGCCCCGUUCCCAGUCAGGAAGAAGCCAGUCGCCGAGAGAUCACAGACUGUCAUCACGAUUUUCUACAGAUAAUGCUGGUUAAAGAAGAAGCUCCUGAAGGGAGUGCUGAUGUGGAGCAGCAGUACCCAGACAACCUGCACAUAAAGGAGGAGCAGCAGGAACUCUGGACCAGUCUGGAGGGAGAGCAGCUCCAGUUGAAGGAGGAGACUGAUGCUGCCAGAUUUCCAUUCACAGAUAUUUCUAUAAAGAGUGAGGAUGAUGAAGAGAAAUUUCUGUUCUCACAGCUUCAUCACCAACAAACAGAAGACCUAGAUGUCCCAACUAGCAGCUCAGAUGACCAGAUGACAGCAGACACUGGUGGAAGAGCAGAAACAAGCAGGAACCUGGAUCUAAACUCUCAUGAACAGAAAUCUGAUUCUUCAGAGACUGAAGUUAGCGGAGAUGAAGAAGAAGAUGUGAAUCUAGUCUUUGAGCAGUCAGACUGUGGGCUUGAAUCUGGAGACAUAUACAAGGACUGGAAUGAGACCAGGUCUUCUGAGUCAGAUGUUAAGUCGGUCAACAAAUCCUGUAGCUGCUCUGAGUGUGGUGAACAGUUUCUUAACGAGUUGUCUCUCCAGAAACACGUGAGAGUGACGAGUCAUUUGGCAGGAAGGUAUUCAGGCUGCUUGGUUAAUAAGAAAAGUGUUGGAGUAAAGAAACACACUGACCAAUGCAGGAAAGUCCAGACAAAACUAAAAUCAUUUAGUUGUGAUGACUGUGGGAAAGGAUUUGUUACAAAAUACAAUUUAAACAGACACAUGAGUGUCCACACAGGACAAAAGCUUUUUGCUUGUGACCUCUGUGAACAAAAAUUUAGCCGUGAGGAUACUUUAAACUGUCACAUGAGUGUCCACACAGGACAGAAGCCUUUUACAUGUGAGCUGUGCGGAAAAAGAUUUAGCCAAAGGACAACUUUAAACAGACACAUGAGGGUCCACACAGGACAGAGACCUUUUGCUUGUGAGCUCUGUGGAAAAAGAUUUAGCCAAAAGAUAUGUUUAAACAGACAUAUCAGAGUGCACACAGGACAGAAGCCUUUUGCUUGUGAGCUCUGUGGACAAAGGUUUAGAAGAAAAACAUGUUUAAACAGACAUAUCAUAGUGCACACAGGACAGAAGCCUUUUGCCUGUGAUCUGUGUGGACAAAGAUUUAGCCAUAAGACAAGUUUAAACAGACAUGUCUUAGUCCACACAGGACAAAAGCCUUUUGCCUGUGAGCUCUGUGGACAAAGAUUUAGCCAAAAGACAUGUUUAAACAGACAUGUCUUAGUCCACACAGGACAAAAGCCUUUUGCCUGUGAGCUCUGUGGACAACGAUUUGGCCUUAAGCAAUAUUUAAUUGGUCACAUGAGGGUCCACACAGGGCAGAAGCCCUUUGCCUGUAAACUUUGUAAACAACGAUUUAGCCAUAUUAUAAGUUUAAUCAGACACACAAGAAUUCACACAGGACAGAAACCUUUUGGUUGUGAGCUCUGUGGACAAAGAUUUAGCCAAAAGCAACAUUUAAACCGUCACAUAAAUGUCCACAAAGGACUGAAAGCUUUUGCUUGUAAGCUCUGUAAAAAAAGAUUUAGCCGAAAAACAUCUUUGAACAAUCACAUGCAAGUCCACACAACACAGACAUGAGGGUCAACACAGGACCAAGGCCUUUUGCCUGUGAGCUAUGAUGAAGGUUUAGACAAAAGCAACAUUUAAAUAGUCAAAUUAGAAUCCACACAGGACGGAAAACUUCGCUUGAGUUUUAUGGACAAAGUUUUAGCCAUAAGACAAGUUUAAACAGUCAAACAUGAGUAGCCACACAUCACAAGGAACUCCUACAACUACUACCAAAAAUGAUCUUUGUAGUGUUUACAUUCUAGAUGUCAGUCUUGUACCCCUGGUGACAGGCCUUAACCCUAUAUAACAUCUGGUCCAUGAGCCACUUCUUUCUGACAGGAGAGCCAUAUAUUGUUGCUCCAAAACUGUAAAUGUUUAUUUUAUUUUAUUUAUUUAUUUACUAAAUAAUUAAGGAUGUGUCUUGGUGAAAUUCUGGCCAUACAAUGCGUAUUACGAUACAGGGGAAACGAUGCAAUAUAUCACGAUGUAUUGCGAUACAUUCAGUCAGACGAUAUUGGCGAUUUUUUUGUAGAAUAUUGAAUUUUCCUAUAAUAAAUUUAAACACUCCAAACUGAUACUUAACAUGUUUAACCAUAACCCAUAACAGAGGGAUUUACAUUUCAAUGGUGGAAACAACACCCAUUACACACUGCUGUUUACUAGUGGUGGGCGUUUGAAUUGCACCACAAGAAAAGAAAAUACACAAAUGUUUCCAUGUAAUGUCUUCCAAAAAUUAGAUAUGCGACUUUUUAAUAUCGAUACAUUUUUGCAAGAAAAAAAUAUCACGAUAUAUUGUGAUAUUGAUAUUUUCAAUGCACAGCUUUUGAAUAUCGUUAUAAUAUUGCUGAGGAAAAUAUCACGAUAUAUUGCCAUAAUCGACAUUUUCUUACAUCCCUAUAAAUAAUCGACUCUCACUCCUGUGCUGUUCUUUAAGUGUCAUGGCUGUUGCCAUUUACAGAUCAGCAUCAGAAGAUUCUACACAUCAGUGAUCCCCAACUCUCUUCCCUGAGGGCCCGUAUCAAGCACGUUUCACAGGUUUCCCUGCUUCACACCUGAUUUUAAUCACCAAGUGAUUAACAGGUUUCUGCAGAGCUUGAUGAGCUGCUGAACAGGUGAAUCAAGUGUGCUGGAUUAGGGACACAACUUAAACAUGCUGGAUAGUUGCCCUCGGGGAAGGGAGUUGGGGAUCACUGAUUUCCGUGUCAAGCGCAUACAUGUCAUUCACUAUAAGUUGGCAAGUACAUUAACACAUUUCACUCUAAGAUAGAGUUAAUGGUAAUUGAAAAAGUAACUUGAGACAUUUUCAUAGAAAACUUUUUCUAAAUCACCAUUAGCAUUGAUAGCUCACUGGUGUCAAACUCAGGCCCUUGAGCCAAAUCUGGCCUGUGGUCUCUUUAUAUUUAGCCCAUGAGAUCAUAUUAAAAAUAUUUUGGAACUGGCCCAUCGGCAUAUUUGCAGCAAAACUACAAAUCCUAUAGGGCUUUGUGGCCUGAGCGCGUCAUUCAAAGUGUUCCCUCUUUUCUAUUUACAGUCAUUGGUUUCAAUGCUACGAGUUUUGCCAUCUUUAGCCAUUCCCUCCUCAGUCUCGAACAAACUGAAAAUGCUCCUCUGACUCGGCACUGACUUUACUCAGCGAUUUGAUGACUUUGAAGCCCAGAAAUGGAGACUUCAACUGCUCAGUAAUAUGUUCAUGGCUUAUGUAGAAAGAACACAAACCAACCUCCAGAUGAAGCCGAUUGAACUCCAGUGUAGUGACAUGCUCAAGUCAGAGUAUGAGUCUGUGGCUGCCGGAGGUUUCAUCUUUCCUCCCUAACACGCUGACCCAACUUUGUCCAUAUGAGAGCAACAGUUUUCUUUGAAGAUGACCAAAACAACACAGGAGUCUCACUAAUGAACACUUUCCUAUUUUCUUUCAAGUAAUUGAAUUUUGUUUUAGCUUCUUUCUCUUGUUUCUUUUCUCUCAGAUCAGUUUUUUUUUUUUUUUAGAAUGUGGAUAAUGGAACAGCGGCUCCACACCGCACGCUUUGUUUACUCCAGGAAAUAGCUGAUCGCUGGGAUGCCAGCUAGUUUUACUAGACCCACAGACGUACCAAGUGAAAUCUAGAAGAGAACUCCCUGUGAAUGCGGAGGUCGAGGUCAAAAGAGGAGGACGAGGGAAACGGCGAGACAGCAGAGACUCAGAUGAUGGCGGAUUUUUAAACCGUGUCUCCCUUCCAUUAUAAUAGGGAACGUCAGGUCACUGCAAAAUAAAAUGGAUGCGCUUGCGGUGCUGACCCAGAAUCAACUAGCCUGGCAAGCCAUCCUGUAUAUGUGGAUAUAAAACCUUAGCAAAGCAAGACCUUGGUCUAGUUCACUAGGCUAAGAAUCAGCAGGAGUAUCACAAUUGUAGUCUGAUCUGCUUCAUGGAAACAUGGACACAUGCACAUAUUCCUGAUGACAACAUUUAUAUCGAUGUCUUUCAUGUGGUUCGGGCAGACCUAGACUACAUCACAAACGGCAAGCAGAAAGGAAGGGGGCUUGUUAACAAAUGGUGUAAUCCGGCUCAUAUUCACAUCAAAGUGCAGAUUUGUUGCCCUGACAGUGAACUGUGCAGCUGGUCUCGGGCCAUAUUAUUUCCUCAGGGAAUUUGCCCGCGUCAUCUUGGUGGCAGUGUACAUUUCCCCUUCUGCUAAUCCCAGUUGAUAUCAUUCACUCAACAGUGGCUUGGUUACAGACCCAGCACCAAAGUGCCUUUUUUUUUUGCCAUCUCCGGGGAUUUUAAUCAUGCCACAACGCUUAAACAAUACAUGAACUGUCCAACUAGAGGAGAGAGAACUUGCUAAUGUCAAGAAUGCAAACAGUUCCUCCCCUCUUUCCCAACUCGGGAGAUCCGACCACAAUCUGGUUCACAUCACUUCCGGAUAUUAUGCCGAUGGUGAAAAGGCUACUUGUACUCCCUAAAAAGAUUAGGAGGUGGUCCGAGGAGACUAUGGCGACACUACAGGGGUGCUUGAAGGCAACUGAUUGGCAGGUCCUAUGUGAGCCUCAGAGGGAGUACAUCGACAGGCUCACUGUAUGCAUUACUGACUAUAUUAAAGAGCAUAUUGCAGGUUAGAGACUCCCAUGAACCAAUGUUUAGUGAAAUGUAAUAGAAACUCGUUUUAAACUUUUUUUUUUUACACAAACAUAAAUUAUUUAGUCUUUUAGGGUCAUUUUUGUGAGUUUUUUUUUUUUUUUUUGCCAAACCAAGUAACGUCAUCUGAAGGAGUCCUGUUGGCUUAAUCCAGUGAAAAAUAUGGAUUAUAAUGCCAGCUCUGACACAGAGGAACCUUUAAAUGUUUACAAUUAUACUCAUGAUGGACCAAAACCAUAAAGUCGUGAGUUAGGCUGCACGCCCCAGAGAGCAGAGACAAACCAGAGGGAGAAACCAUCGACCAAAGCAGAGAGAUUAAGGAGGAGCUGUAGCGGGCGAGCAGCAGGUGUCUGGUGUUAACCAUGUUAGCUUAAACUCGUGCGCUAACAUCACAAUAUUGUACUAUCGUGUACUAGACAAUUAAAAUAGUAUUGGUCGGUUAAUUUAAUAUUAAUACUAAUGAGCGUCUGUCAGCGGUCUCAUACUCGCUAAUAUCCAUUCAUGUAUUGUAGUUUAGCGCUUAGAGAGAGGAAGAGCGACGCCUGUCAUCCAGUUCUGGAGCUCAUACGGGCUUCUGUGAGCUGGAUCUGACCCAAACACGAGCGAGACAGUCGAGCUGGUAUUUUUAAAAGCCGCACAUCCUCUCCUGGUGGUCCAGGCGGCGGUUCUGAUCCGGUUCCAACCCGGAAAACAGCUGGCCCGCUGAGCCGCGCAUCUCUUCUGGUGGUCCGUUCUGACCUGGUUCUGAUGGUGUUCUGGAUUACCUCACAGGCAGGCCACGGUAUGUGCACCUUCAGAACUGUGUAUCAAACAGCAGUCGGCAACAUUGGGGCUCCACAAGGGACUGUUCUCUCCCCCUUCCUCUUCACCCUGUAUACCACUGACCACGUACUGUAAUGAAAGCUGUCACUGUCAGAAGUUUUCUGAUGAUUCUGCAGUCGUGGGCUGUAUUACUGGGGGUGAGGAGACAGAUUAUCAGGCAGCAAUGGACUCCUUUGUCAAAUGGUUUGAGCAGAAUCAUCUGCUGCUCAGUGUGACGAGGACUAAGGAGCUCAUUGUUGACUUUAGGAAGACAAGAUCACCAGUGACUUCAGUUUCCAUUCAUGAAGUUGCUGUGGACAUAGUGGAGAAUUACAAAUACCUGGGACUGCACAUUGACGAUACACUUGAUUGGACCAAUACAGAUGUACUUUACAGGAAGGGCCAGACUUGUCUCUUUUUUUCUGAGGAAGCUGAGGUCAUUUAAUAUCUGCCGGUCCGUGCUCAGGGUGUUUUAUGAGUGUGUGGUAGAGAGUGUCAUCCUUUAAGCUGCUGCAUGCUGAGGCAGCAAGGUAAAAAUGGCAAAUAAGAACAAACUCAACAAGCUGAUACAAAAGGCUGGCAGUGUUGUUGAAAUGGAGUUGAACUUGCUGCGAGCGGUGACAGAGAAACGAAUGUUGCACAAAAUCAGGGCCAUCGUGGACAACAAUUUUCAAUGACUUCAUGAUGGGCUCGCCAGUUGAAGGAGCGCGUUUAGUGGGAGACUGCGAACUGUUGGGUGCGCCACUGAGCAAUAUUAAAAAUCACUUCUGCCUGCUGCAAAUCGCAUGUUCAAUUCCUGUUAGUUUAUGCACCAUUGCAGAAUAUGGAGUAGGACAUUGUUUUAGAUUGUGGAUUGUAUUGUAAUUAUUGCAUUGAUGACGGGUUGGGGACUGUUUUAAUCUGCUCAUUUAUCCUAUUGUCUGGAGCUCCCUGUCUGGAGUCUAUAUUGUGGUUUUGAUGCAUGUUUUCUUCUCCAAAGCAUGAAUGUUAAUAGCUGGAAUAUUGCAUUUUCAUAGAAAGAAAUAUUUUUUUUUAUUUUUGGUGUUGGCCUGUUACAAAGGACAUAACAUACAGUAAAACAGGAACUGGAAACACUACAGAUGGAAUAAAAAACCUCUUUCGUAUCCCCCGGUGAGGAAGUUUUGGUGUCAGCAGCGAUUCCAUUCAGUACAGGAGCAAAAAUAGGAGAGCAAAAAAUCAGAUUAAAGAGUAAACAACAAGAAAACAAAUAAUAAUAUGAGAUUCAAAAUACUCCGAUUAGUUUAAGCUAUCUUUUAGCACCCUCUCGUGUUAAGUUUCACUUUUCUCCUCAGUGUGCAGUCAUCUUUUUAACAAAAAUGAAAAUGUUUUCAGCUUUAGUCCUAUUUUUGUUAUAUUGUUUGGAAAAAUGAUCAUAGCACUAUUACUUGACAGGUUUUAUAUUAAAUGACAUUUAAAGAUUAUAUAGUUUUAGUUAAUUUAAGACUAAAUAGUUUAACACUUAAAAAAUUGACAUUGCUGCUUAGGCUCUGGCCAGGGCACAGAAACUGAACAGGAACAAGUUAGCUGGUCUUGUGUACGUUACACUUAUCCAUUAUAAAAAAUAAUUAUUAAUAAAAUAUCUGAUUAGUUACUAAUCUUAAUGUUUUGUUUAGUUUGAGUUUCAAAACAGGAAUCUCACUUUUUCUUGUACCAUUCUUUUAUAAUAUGUAUCAAUAAUGUCAACUUGUGAAUGCAAUGCAUGUUAAUGUAGUAAGUACGUCAUUUUUUAACAUGGAAAGUAUACACACAUGUCAAUUUGAGUCAGUCGUGUGGCGGUAGCUCUUCUGUACUCUCAUUGUGUAGAAGUAGCUCACUGUCUCUAUGUUGGAGAGCCUGCUGUAAAGGGUCAUUUUUGCACAUAACAGCUCAAGAAAAUGCGUUCAAAAUAUAAAAAAAUUGCAUGGUAUGCCUCUAAGGAAUAAAAUGUUGAUGAAAUUGAGACAUAAAUACUAAUGUGUAUUUUAUUUGAUGUAAAAUUUACUUGCUUGUGUGUAAUUUGGUUAUUCCAGAUUCAGUGUUUAUGUAAAAUUACAUUUGUUUUCAAAGGAAAAAGUUUAAAAAAUUACAUAGCUGUAGAUGUGCACAUUUUAUGUCAAUUUUUCAAUAAAUAUUGAGUUUGGCUUACGA